CCCGCGUGUCGUCAACGUCCGCAUCUCAUCUUCUCCUCACCUCACUCACUCUCUCCGUUCACCAUCGCUGCACCGCAGCUUCAAUGGGCCGCUCUACCGCUUCCCCUCGUUUACUUUCUCUUCAUCUUCGUCUCUUUUCAUCGCUGCGCUCUCGUUCUUCCACCUCUUCUUCGUUAGGGCAAAAUGGUCGUCUUUCUCGAUCUGGACGAUGAAGCCGUCGAGCCCCCAGAUCAGCAUCGGGAUUGGCUGCGCGUGCAAAGGGGGAGUGCGGGCGUUUUACGGAGCUUGAAUAUCAAUAAAGAAGGGGAGGACGUGGAGAGGGAGAAUCCGAAUAGGGAGAAGGCGUGCACGAAGGCGUUGGGGUGUUAUCCGGUUAUAACCUCGAUAGCCUCCCACAUCGAUCUCAACACCCUCGAUGCACUGUCCCUCACCUGCCGCCAGAUCCGUGCCAACCUGCUCCAAUUCCGCAGUCAAAUCAUCACCUCGACACUUCAUUGCGAAAACGAGGAUGUCGAGCUCGAGCCCGAACAUACCUUCAGAUACCGUGCCAGGGCCGCAGACUGGUAUUUCGUAGAAUCAGGGAGAGAAGCGCCUGGAUCAGGAACUGGAAAGGUUGGAGAUUGUGCCAGGGACAUGGUGGGUGGAUGCAGGAGAUGUGGAAGGGUUAUUUGCAGAAAUUGCACGAUUAAACCCCCAGCACCAGUCCUCCUCACCCAUCGCCACCGCCGCAUCUGCAAAGCCUGCUCACGAGUCCCUCUCUCCUCUCUCGUCGCUCCCGCUCCCGUCACCCACGCACACGAGAUCUCCUCUUCUCCACCGACAACACUCUCUGCCGAGACCCUCAAGCGUGAAGUUUGCAGCUGCCCGACACACGGCGUCUGGCUCUGCCAACCCUGUGGCCGCAGCCUUCGCAGCGCAGACACGGAAUACGAGAGUAUCUGGAAAUGGCGAACCCGCUACCUACCCUCUCUUGGCGGUCUCGGCGUCGGCAUCGGAGAAGGGAACCGUGGCGUGCCUUGCGGUCGAGGAGGAGAGUGCGUAGCAGCUCGAGAAGUCGAGCAAGAAAUCGACUGCGAUGCAGAAGACGCGCGGGAGAUUGACAGCAAUAGCCGUACCGCGAGUCCGCCUUCAAGUCCUGGGAGUAGUUCGACGCAGGUUGGAACUCCCGGGAGUGAGAGAAGUGGACAGAUGGGGCCGGGAUAUGCGAGGCAUGAGAUUGAGGGUAUUGGCGGCGUGGUCAAAAAGAAGUUGGUGCGGAUGGUGAAGGUGGGCGCUUGUGUACCCGAGUGGGGGGAUGAGAAGGAGAUGGGGAAGUUCUUGGUGAGGGAGCAGGAGGGGAGGGCGAGAAGUUGGUGUGGAUGGUGUUGGAGGGUUGUUCCGGGCUUGAAGGAUGUAAUUGAAUGAGCGCGCCAGCGUGCGAGUCCACGAACUUGAGAGUCUGUCUGCGAGCAUCGGAACUUGGAACAUGGAAACAUGGGAGCGGGGAGUGGGAUGGAGCAUGGAAUUGGUUGCAUUGGAUUUGAAGCAACAAAACUGGUUGCGGAUGGAUGGUUUGAGCACAUAAAACGAACCCUAGUUUCUGAUGAUUUUGCAGGCCACUGCAUGGUGAGUUCAAAUACGUUUAAAGUCGUGUCGUUAAUUAGCAACGAGGCAUGCUUUACGAUCAAUUCUAUUCAAUUCUAUUCAAUUCUAUUC